UUUGUUUGGUUGGGUUUUUGUUUGUUUGUUUGUUUGUUUGUUCCCCCCACUUCUGGUCGGUCUCCGGGCUUUUUCGUGGGCUCCUUCCCCCAGCCCGAAACCCGAGCACUGCUGGCGAAUCGAGAUCAGCUCGCCGAGGCCGCCCGGCCCCGGACCGCUCCGAUGGAAAUACACUGUAAGCACGACCCGUUCGCAGCAAUGCACAGACAUGGAGGGGUGAAUCAGCUGGGGGGUGUUUUUGUGAAUGGCCGCCCCCUCCCAGAUGUCGUUCGCCAAAGGAUCGUGGAGCUCGCCCACCAAGGGGUCCGACCGUGUGACAUCUCCCGGCAGCUCCGCGUCAGCCAUGGCUGUGUCAGCAAAAUACUUGGCAGGUAUUAUGAAACCGGGAGUAUUAAGCCUGGAGUGAUUGGAGGAUCAAAACCAAAGGUCGCCACACCCAAAGUUGUCGAAAAAAUUGCAGAGUACAAACGCCAAAAUCCCACCAUGUUUGCCUGGGAGAUCAGGGACAGGCUCCUUGCUGAGCGAGUGUGCGACAAUGACACCGUGCCUAGCGUCAGUUCCAUUAACAGGAUCAUACGGACGAAGGUGCAGCAGCCACCCAAUCAGCAGGUACCAGCCUCCAGUCACAGCAUAGCCUCCACGGGAUCUGUCACCCAGGUGUCCUCUGUCACCACUGACUCUGCUGGCUCAUCCUACUCCAUCAGUGGGAUCCUGGGAAUUGCCUCCCCCAGCACCGAGAACAACAAGCGCAAGCGGGAUGAAGGUAUUCAGGAAUCUCCAGUGCCAAAUGGCCAUUCUCUCCCAAGCAGAGAUUUUCUUCGGAAACAGAUGCGAGGAGACCUUUUCACCCAGCAGCAGCUGGAAGUGUUGGAUCGUGUCUUCGAGAGGCAACAUUAUUCCGACAUUUUCACAACAACUGAGCCCAUCAAGCCAGAGCAGUGGUGCUCCAUGCUGAUGAGACAGUGCGUGGUACAACCGCAGGCAGUCAUUUUUCAGGCAACUGAAUACUCAGCCAUGGCCUCACUAGCUAGUGGAUUGGAUGACAUGAAGGCAAAUAUAACCAGCCCUACUUCUGCAGAUUUGGGAGCAAGUGUUCCUGGGCCUCAGUCCUAUCCUAUAGUCACAGGUCGCGAGCUGGCAAGCACAACCCUCCCAGGAUACCCUCCUCAUGUCCCUCCUGCUGGACAGGGCAGCUACUCCACUCCAGCGCUGACAGGAAUGGUGCCUGGGAGUGAGUUUUCUGGGACCCCGUACAGCCACCCACAGUAUUCAACAUACAACGACUCCUGGAGGUUUCCCAACCCUGGACUCCUGGGCUCCCCCUACUACUACAGCACUGCAGCCCGUGGGGCAGCCCCACCAGCCACCGCCACCGCUUAUGACCGCCACUGAUGCCAGAGCCCCAGCACUGGCGCUGACGGCACCGCCUGGGACAACCGCAGCCAGUCACCCUGCUACAACCACGCCAGCUGCACCACAAGGGAAGGAGAAAGUACCUACUAGGAACAUUAUCAUUGAAAUUUUGCUCUUUAAACUUGGUGAACUCGUUGUAUUCUUUAAUCUGGUUGAGUCUUGAAUCAAACAGAGAAAUGGGAGGAAGGGGUUCUCCUGAAGUUCUGUGUGCUCAAAAGUGCACAGUAGCUUCAUGUUCUUUGCAGCCGGCUGGCUACUGCUUUAAUCGCCUGCGGGUGCCAUGGCUGUAUCUGGGGAUAAGGAAGAGGUGUGAGCAGCUCCCCUUGGGGCAGCUUCCUCUUGCUGCACACUGAAACACGCUAUGAGACU